GACUCAGUACAGGACAGGGACGCGUAUCGGCGGGGCAGGUGCCGGGGGCGGCUGUGCACGGCAUUCGGCGCGGGCGGCGUGACGGUCACAGCUGACGAAUAAUUGUAUCUGAUAUAGUUCACAUUCUGACGAGCUAGGCCUACAAUUUCAAUUUCUUAGAACACACCCAUCAGACUGGGUAGCCCAAUACUGCUGGCCAGUGCCACUGCAGGGUGGUGUCUGGCGCUUAGCCGGGAGGUGCACAAAAUGUGUGGCCUUGACGUUAUCGCUCAUUGGUUCUCCCUGCAGUGACUCACUUUCCUGUCUGCUGGGCUGUCGGCGUUUUGUUGUGGGGCUACUCGUCCGUUUGACAAGUGAGCGCACUCCAAGCGAACGGACAACUCAGUCAAUAUUUUUGUGUUUAGUAGCGUUCAUGUAAGCUACUAUCUGGCUCUGAUGCUACUUAAGUUGUGAAACCGGUCACGGGUGCUGGACAAAAGGGCAAUGAGUUCCGACGAGGAGCCACCAGGGUCCGGUGAGCGCCCACCGCGCCGCAAGAACAGAAAGGCAAGGAGUUCCGACGAGGAGUCAGGUGAUCAGCGCCCGCCGCCCCGUAAGAAGACCAAGAAGGGGGCUGUUGAUCACCCCCCGCCGCGCCGCAAGAAGGGCAGGAAGGAGCGGGGAGGAAAGGAGUCAAGCUCUAGCAAGUUACCUUCGGGUGCGGUACCGCCUUCGGCCAGCGCGGGUGGCCCCGGAGACCCCUUCAGCUACAGCACCUUUGAGAGGCCGACGGUGGUUGGUCAGCUGCACAACAUUCUGUCGCAGUACCCAGACAACGGCCAGAUCAUCAAGGAGCUGGUGCAGAAUGCCGAGGAUGCCGGGGCGACGCGUGUGGAGGUGGUUCACUUCCUGGAGCCCCUGCGGCAGCCUGGGGCCCGAGAGGAGGUGCAACGGUUCAUUGAGGGCCCAGGGCUGUGCCUGUUCAACGAUGCCACGUUCUCGGAGGAAGACUGGCACGGCAUCCGCAAGCUCGGUGACAGCGUCAAGAAGAACGACCCUGUGCGGGUGGGUCAGUUUGGCCUUGGCUUCAAGUCUGUGUUCCACCUGACAGACUAUGUCACCAUCAUCAGCGGGACGCAGGCGCUCUUCAUGGACCCCAGUGAACCCGAGGACAAGAUGUGUCGCUCCCUCCCCCUCGACAAGCUGACGGAGGUGCUGCCUGACCCUUCCAGCCACCAGGCUUUUGAAUAUUACCUCACCAAACACCUCAAGGCUGACAGCAAUCUCCCAGGCACUCUGUUCUGGUUUCCCCUGCGACGGUCUGCCUCCAAGAUCUCGGACACACUCUACACCCCAAGUCAUGUUGAGAACCUCUUUCUGUCCUUUGCUGUGGAGGCUGACAUCUGCCUCACCUUCCUGAAGUCCCUGGAGAAGGUCACUCUUGGCAUUCAUACAGCGGGGAAGGUAAAUGUCACCCACUCCAUGACGAUAACCAGCCGGGCCGCGGAGGAGGUGAGGAACAAGAAGAGGAGCUUCAGGCAGAGUCUGUGCCAGUCCAGAGGCUCCCUAUCCAGUGCUCUCUCCUGCUCCUAUGAGGCUACACUCACGACCAGAGUAAGAGAAAGGGUAGUCCAGAAGCAGACUCUGAGGGUCCUCCACUUACUACCAGGGCAGGAAGACAAAGAGUGGAUGACGUGGACUGGACGGAACAAGGACAAGCACAUCCCUCUGGUGGGCGUGGCAGUCCCUGUCUCCCCGCCUGCAGCACCUAGAGCCAAGGGGCACAUCUUCAGCUUCCUGCCGCUGCCCCCAGACCCCAGCAGCCAGACUGACCUCCCCAUACAAGUCAAUGGAACCUUUGUCCUCAGCCAGAACCGAAGACAAGUGAAGUGGAGGACGAGUGAGAGUAGCGUCAAUGAGCCAGAUGUUGUCUGGAAUGAAGAUCUGGUCAGUAAGGUGGUGCCAAGAGCUUAUCUGGAGCUUCUCAAAGAACUUCUGGAGGAGGCGAAGGAGGGCAGCUUCAGUGCAGACACCUGGUACACAUUCCUGCCCAGCCUUCGUGGGACAGCAGGAAGGUGGCACGAGAUGGCGAAGCAGGUCUGGUGCGGCCUCUUGGACCUCCCUGUCAUUGCCACGGAGGUCCGUGGGUUCCUGCCACCCCGUGAAGUCCUGGCCAGCAAUAUUUUGAGUGAGGAGGAGCCUGAGCUGGCCACUGCUGUGAGGAAGGCGCUGUCACAGGAAAAGCUGCCCAUUGCAACUCUUCCUGACCAUGUGCAGGCGUCGAUUCAUGCUCUGGGCCAGCAGCUGUCCGUCGUGACGCCUGAGUUGCUGUGCCAAACACUGCAAGGGAAGGGCAGCAGUGACCUGGGGGGAGAGGAGACCUGCCAGCAACUCUUGUGCUAUGCUGCCAAGGACAAGCAUCACCACAGCCUGCAUGGCCUCCCACUCCUCCCGCUGCAGGACGGAUCCUGGUCAACCUUCAGCCGGGGGGACUCGGACUCAGCGGUGUACCUUUGCUCGGCGGUGGAGGCUAAGGCUCUCCUGGGCCUGGAGGGCCUCAUGGCAAGCACUUGUGUGGCUCAGCCUGCCUGGGAGGCUCUGCAGGACGUGGCCCACUCAGGCAAAACACAGCUGCGCCCAUUCCAGCCAGAGCUUCACGGCCCUGACCUGCUCCUCAAGAGUGCCAGUCACGUGCAGCGGUGCCAGCCACCACUGGAGCAGGUGGAUCAGUGGCUGGGUAAGGUGUGGACGCUCUUGCAGAAUCUGCCGCUCUGUAGCGUUGAGAACAUUCCGCUGCUCCCCACCUCUCAGCCACCAAACUCAGCCUCUCUGAGCCCUCUCUCAUCCCCUGUGGUGGUGCAGGGGAAAGGUGGUUGGCUUUCCAGGCCCCAGGUGGAGGCACUGGGACUCCUCGGGGUGGUGGUGGUCCCUGCGCUGCCAAAACACGUCCAGCACAAAGACCUGCAUGAGUACUUGUCUGCUGCAGACCGUCAUGGAACCACUCAGGCUCUUGGCAAGGUGGUGAGGCAGGACCAGGAGAAAGAAGCAGUCACUCGGUUCAACACUCACAAGACUGAGCACCAGAGGCAGGCCGUGAGCAGCCUUAUAGAGGUCUCCAGUAUCCAGCCACCUCUUGCAGGGUUCCUCACCAAGCUCCACAUGUUCAAAGCUCAAGACACAAACAAGUCGGAGCAAGAUUCACAUCUGGAGGAAGUAAACACAAUUGCUCCAGAACUUGUGGACUUUCCAGUGAGUUAUCCCGAGACUCUUCUUACACCCGCUCAGCACCAGGAGAUGGAACUGGCAUUGAAACUGGGGGCUCACAAGUUGUCUAAGGAGGAGCUGUGCAUCAAGGCAUUAAGGAGCGGCCACUCUGAUGACAGUGUCUUGGCGCUGGUGCAGUACAUUUUGGAGGACCCUCAGCUGGAGAGAAGCAGCAGUGUCCAUGAGCAGUUAAGGAACUCCAAAUUUGUUCCCAACAUUGACGGUUCGCUGUGCCACCCGUCAGAGCUGUACGACCCAGAGGAUGAAGACCAUUGUGUCCUCAUUGGGGAGCCACAGCAACCAAAAGACUCAUUCUGUGACCAUUACCCACUCCUGCGCUCCCUGGGCCUCAGGAAGGUACAGGACAUGCCUCAGGAUGAACUGAUCUGCCUUAUUGAGGGCCUAGAGAACAGCCAGCUGUCCGAGGAUGACAAAGCCAGGAAGUCUGUGGGGUUGCUGCAGGCUGUGAACCGACGGUCUGACUACCUACAGGUCUGCCGGGCAGUCUUGGGGGUGCCGUUUGUGUAUGGUGCAUCCAGCAGGCCUCAUGGAUAUCCCUCAAGUCUGGGGUGGGCCACCCCACCUGGACCACUGGUGCCCCAGGGCCUGAGGAGCCUCAAGUACAGCAGUGUGUUGGGCUCCACCACUGCCUUAGUUGAAUGUCAUGAUUUUCCUGAUGUAGCCAGUGCCUUUGGCUGGGCGUCAACACCACCUGUUGAGCCAGUCAUUCAGCACCUCAAGAACCUGGCAGCAGCUUAUCAGCUUAAUGAGAGGGAGUACUUAGACCUGAUUAAGCAGACCUACAGUCAGCUCUCCACAGCCCUUGGUGAAGGUGGGGCUCCCCAGCUGGGCAGCCUGAAGACAGAGUGCUGUGUCUUCACGGAGCAUGGCUUCAGGCUCCCAGAUGAGGUGUACAUCCACCCAGGGGAUGAAGACUUGCGGCUGCUGCCUUACCAGCAUGUGCUGCCCUUUGAGCUGCGGGGGAGCGAGCAACUUUUCCUCUGCUUGGGUUGUGCACGUCAGCAGAGCCCUGCACUCCUGCUGGCAGUGCUGGAGAAGGUGAGGGCACGACACCAAGGCGGCGGAGGCAGUAUUGACAGCAGCGAAGUGGAGAAGGACAGGCGGCUAGUCAUGUCAGUGCUGGGCAGACUCCAGCACCACCUGGAGGAGCUCCCCGGCCCCCUGCUGGUGCCCGUGCAGACACAAGACGAUGUGCUGGAGCUGGCUGAGGUGCAGCAGGCAGCAUACAUGGAGGAGGUGGAUGCGUGGCUGGACAGUGAUGAGCUGGGCGUGAAGGUGGUCCACGGAUGCGUGGCUACCACCUUGGCCCGUGCCCUUGGUGUGGCUUCCCUGGAAAGCUUUCUGACUGCUGGAGGCGAGGCGGUAAUGGAGUGGGGGCAGCGGGAGCCACUCACCACCCGCCUCCACAACCUGCUGGAGCAGCAGUACAGGGAUGGCGUAUCAAUCCUGAAGGAGUUGGUGCAGAAUGCCGACGACGCUGGGGCCACAGCCGUCCGCCUCCUGUACGAUGAGCGGCAGAACGAAGACUCCCGGACGCUGCUGCUGGGCCCGGGGAUGGAGCGGUGCCAGGGCCCGGCACUCUGGGUGUACAAUGACGCAGUCUUCUCCGAGCAGGACUUUGAGAACCUGCGAGAGGUGGGGGCAGGCACCAAGGAGCUGCAGCCCACCAAGAUUGGCAAGUUUGGCCUGGGGUUUUCCUCCGUCUACAAUCUGACAGACGUUCCAAGCUUCAUCAGUGGCUCAAGCUAUGUGGUGUUUGACCCCCACAUGACCCACCUGAGCCAUGCCACCUCCCCGGGACGCAGAUACAACUUCACCAACCGCCGCCACUCCUACAUGCUGCGCACACUAAGGGGACAGUUCCAGCCCUUCUCCGGCGUGUUUGGCUGUGACGUGGUGGAGCGAGGCUCCUUUGAGGGUACGUUGUUUCGCCUGCCUUUCCGCACAGCUGCCAGCAAGAUCAGUGACAUGUGUUACUCCCGUGGCGACAUGGUGCAGCUGCUGGGGAUGUUCAGCGGGGUGGUGGGCCAGCUGCUGCUCUUCACCCAGCAUGUUUCCUCCAUCAGUGUGUUCCACCUCAGUGCCUCUGCCUCCUCUCCCUCAGAGAUGGUGGAGCUCUUCCACGCUGGCCGCGGCAGAUGCCAGCCAGCUCUUGUUCCUGGUCUGGCCUCCCCAGCCACUGACGGACCACAGUCAGUGUUGGAACGUGCUGCUGCACUGUUUUCCAAGCAGAAAAAUAGAUUUGAGUGGAAGGGGGAGAUUCUAGCAGAGAGAAGCACAGCAGAGGUGAGUGUGUGGUGCUCACGCAGUGGUGCUGACCUCUGUGGCCUGGAGGAGGGACACUGGAGCACCACCUGGGUCACUUCAUGGCACUCUGGCUCUGGCAGUGCAGGCAAGCUUGCUGAGGCCCUCGGAGGCAAGGCCCUCCCUCUGGCAGCUGUGGCAGUGCCGGUGAGGGAGGACCGCUGUGGGUGUCACCCCCUGAGCCUUACGGACCUUCCUUUGGGGUUCUACCGUGAAGGCCACUUCCAUUGCUUCCUACCACUGCCAGUGAAGACGCUGCUGCCGGUCCAGAUUAACGGGGUGCUGGAAGUGGCCUCAGACCGCACCAACCUCCUCACCGAGACUGAGGAUGACAGGCACGCCCACAGCUGGAACACCACGCUAGUAGGAGACGCUGCCCUCCGUGCCCACCUCGGGCUGGCUGAGGCACUGAGAUGCCUAGGGCUGGGUGCUGAGAGCCCCUACCAUGCCAUAUGGCCGGUGGUACAUCAUGGGGCUGGCACACUGGUGGAGGGACUCACCAAGGGGUUCUAUCAUGCCCUGGAGCAUGAGGGUCUGGAGCUGUUCAGAUGCAGCAGUGGUGACUGGCACCCCCUUGCCAGGUGCCGCUUCCUGAAACAAGACUUCCUUCAGGUGCCUCAGGUUGGAGACAUUGCCUUCGAGUUCAUGCAGACAUACUUCCACUCCACUUCAGAGCUGAGGCUGGUGCGGCUGCCCCAGCACAUCCUUGCCUGCCUAAGUGAGCAGGUGUUGUCCCAGCAGGUCAAUGAGGAAGCGUUUUUCAGCAGGUACUUCAUUCCCCACAUGUCCGAGGGGCUGGUGAGUCCCGACAGGAGGGACCAGCUAAUGCUCCACCUCCUAGAUGCCGGCCACCCCUGCUUGGAGAGUCUUCCUGGCCUGCCCUGCAUACCCACCCAGCCCCGCGGCACACUCAGGGCUCCGGCACACCUCGUCGAGCCCGGGGGAAGAAUUGCAAGAAUGUUUUCUGUAGAUGAUGAGAGGUUUCCUGUAGAAGAGUUUCUUAAUUCCAGCCGGAGAUCCAGCACACUGGCCAGGCUGGGAAUGAACACUGACCGGCUGCCGAGAGAGCUGGUGGUGGAACGAGCAGAGAGUGUGGCAGGUGUGGAGUGUUCCCAGUGUGCUUGUGACAGGGUCAGGGAGCUCUUGCUCUAUAUGUCAGGCCUUAUGGAUGCUGAACAAGAGGAACUUGGGCAUGAACUGAGAUCUGUGCCAUUUUUGCCAGUCAUGCCAAAACCUGAGGGCUGGAGCAUUGCCUGGCAUGGGGAAAGUCCUGGAGAUAGGGAGGCACAGAGCUGCUCUCAGCAUAUGGACUCUGUACCUGAGAGUCUAGUGUUUGACUGCCCCUCAGCUUUAUUUUUCCCUAAAUUCAAGCCUCUGGUGGGCAGCUGUCACUUGCUUCUUGACCAGGCCUUUGAGGAUGCACCACAGGGCGUCCUGCAGAGACUCGGGGUCAUCACAUGUGCCCUUGACCUGCCACUGCGAUCAGUGAUGGAGCAGCUCUGUGUCUUUAGUGCUGCCCCCCUUCAGAGAGAAAAUGAAUGUAUGUGCCACACUGUGUAUGAGCACUUGGAAGAUUUGAUCUUGCAUGUAAGGAGAGGCAAAACUCUAAACUCAGGCAACCUUGAUGCACUGGGAAAGCUCAAGGAAAAGAAGAUACUGGUCACAAAGUAUGGCUUUAAGGAACCAAAACUGUUUGCACUCUUCAAUGAGGUUGACUGUGCCCCAGCCUUAUUUUCUGUGCGCACAGAAGGCCUUGAAAAGUACCAGCACCUGAUGAACACAUUGGGCAUCAAGAGCCACUUUGACUACAAGACAGUGAUGGAGGUGAUCCAGGAGAAAAGGGAGACUUUUGGCAGCGGCAGACUCAGCAGCAACGAGGUGUCUCGGGUGUCCAGGCUGCUCACUGUGCUCUUUCAAGUGAAGCAGAGUGACCAGCAGCUCACUCAGGACCUGCAUCUGCCAGACAGUAAGGGUUACCUGCAUCCCACAAACCUUCUCUGUUUUGACGACGGGGCCAGACUGAGCUCUGGCCAGUUCCUGUGUCUGCACUCGAGUAUCACAGUGUCCCGUGACAUGCUGGAUUGGCUUGGCAUAAAGUCCAAGACCAGGAAGAGACUUCAGGAGUCAUCCAACCGAGUACCGUUUGGCCAGAAUGAGCCGCUCACCACCCGCCUCAAGAACAUACUCGAGGACUACCCGUGUGACCUGGCCAUAAUGAAGGAACUCCUGCAGAAUGCUGAUGAUGCAGGAGCCACAGAGGUUGCCUUCAUCAAGGACUUCAGACAUCUUCCAUAUGAGAAACUCUUUGACCCCAAAAUGGCCCCCUUACAGGGGCCUGCCCUCAGUGUCUUCAACAACAGAGGAUUCACAGAACAAGAUCUCAGGAGUAUUCAGAAUUUGGGGAACAGCAGCAAGAAGGAAGACCCGGCAACAACAGGGCAGUAUGGCAUCGGCUUCAACGCCGUCUACCACCUGACAGACGCUCCUUCCUUCCUCACAAGAGGCCCACAAGUUCCCAACAGAGAGACUCUGUGCAUGUUUGACCCACACUGCUGGUAUGACCCUGCAGCCUCGCCUCAGUUCCCGGGAGUACAGUUUGUUAACCUGAGUGGCCUGAGGGAGGACCAUCCUGAUUCCUUUAUUGGCUACCUGGAGAGUGAACUGCCUGAGGAAGGGACAGUGUUCAGGCUGCCUCUACGCACUAUCCGAGACUCCCUUAUAGCACCCCAAGAGACCAUGACAGAAGAAAAAGUUAAAGAAAUGCUUAAGGAAUUUCAAAGGGGAAUGCCUCAGUGCUUGUUGUUUUUGAGAAAUGUAAGAAAAAUAUCCAUCAAGGAGGUGCAAAGGAAUGGCACAUUCAGAGAGGAGUACUGGGUGGAGGCAAGUGUGUCUGAGGAAUCCCACUUGCCUGCACUGGCCAGUAAGUACAGGGAUGAGCAGGGGGUGAGGGACCCCUGUAGUUUGGGCAUGGUGAGGACCUCCUAUACAAUGACCAUCAGGGAAAGCCAAGGAAGCAGCAGCCAGUGGUUGGUGGUUCAGCAGCAGGGGGUGGAGGGGAAGAACAGUCUGCCCCGUCAAGUGCAGGAUGCAUUCACCAACAAAACCCUGAACCUCCUGCCUCAUGGGGGUGUUGCUAUUCCAUUUGCCACAAUGGCUCCUGGAAGUGAUUGCUGCUCAACUUCCUGCUACUUGCCUCUUCCAGUCAGGUCAGGGCUGCCCUUCAGCAUCAACGGACACUUUGCUCUUAACCCGUCACGCCGCAACCUGUGGACUGGACAUCUUGAUGCCAAGAGCCUCUGGAAUGAGUGGCUGAUAAGAGAGGUGUUGGUGCCAGUUGCUGUGCACGCUGUGGAACAGUUUAGAGCCUUGAUGUUUGAUGGUGAAGGCUACAUGACUGAGAACACUUGCAAGAAGGAGAAGAGAGUCUUCCACAGUGUUCUGCCCUUGGCCAGCAAUGCAACUUCUGAGGAAUGGAAAUACUUUAUCAAGGAGUUUUAUGCGGAGGUGAGAAAAAAGGAAUUUCCAUUUUUUGACGUUUUCAUCCCAGAAAGUGACUUGUCUUCAGCGAUGAAAGAAGCUUCCAGGGUGGGGAGGAAGGGCCAGCUCAAGUGGUGUGCCUUCCAUGCCAGUGGAGACAGCUUCCCUGUUCACUUCUCUGUCAUAUCUGAGCAAGGCAAAGACCACCUUUCAAUACUAGCAGAUGUUUUCAGAAGACUUGGAAUGAAGCUGAGCAGCGAAGAGAUGUUCCAGCGACUCAGAGAAGCGGACCCUCAGUUUGAGUGUCCUCUCUUCACCCAUGAGACUGCCCUCACCUUCCUCAAGUCUUGUAACACAGGCGGGCCAGACUGUUGUCAGCCAAAAGUGGGCAGCAAAGUGGCUGACACACCUUUCCUGAAACCUAACAAUGUCAAGAGUGUUCUGGAGUACAUCACAAAGGCCAAAGAAUUCUCCCUCUCCUCUGUUGACAACCUACCACUACUACUGACCAAUGACGGUGUGCUGAGAUGCUUCAGUGUGCAAAGGCCGGUGUUUUUAUCAACUUUCUGUGGCCUCUUACCAGCUUUUGGGGAGGAAUUCACAUCUUGUGUUCUUGUGCAAAAGGUUGAGGCUAACAUGACAAGUUUUAAGGAUGUGGUAAAGGAGUUCACUCCAGCUGACUUUGUGCAGCGGCUGCCUGAUGAUCCAGGCGCCUCCGGCUGUGUUGCCAAGGCCAAGGCACCUCUGAUGACUGCCAAGCACAAGCGUUGGCUGGAGGAUGUCUGGAAGUUUGUUGUUCACUACAUUGAGAAACAUGAUGAAGACUCUAUUUUUGCACCGGACCGCAACAAGCAAUACAUUUUGACACAUCUCGGGAAAUGGGCAUUUUACCCAAUGAAAGAGGGAAACCAGGAGUUUGUCAUUCCCAUAAAAGAUGCCUGGCAAGUACUAGAUGUAGGUGAUUAUGCUGGAGGAGGUUCAGUCUUUUCCAAGUUGCCUGUUCCAUUUCCAUCUUGUGGUAGAUCAGGUCAAGAGGGAAAGCCACACAUUCCUCGCAAAUUGAAGCUUGAGGCAAGCUUGAAGGAACCUGUGACUGUGUUGGAGCUUCUUUACUUCCACAGAGAAUCUGUCAGCAGCUUCUUUAUUAAAGACAGCCGUCAAGGUGGGUCGAGGCAGGUGCUGACAGCUCUUGAGAUCCUGGAGUACCUCGGCCAACACUGCUCACGGUGCCAAAUGUCCAAGGACAAAAUCCGCUCCCUACAGAUAUUUUGUGAUGUGUCUGGGGAGCACUCUGACCUUGUGGGGAGGAACCUGAUUGUUCUCAAAGAUUCCUGUCUGAGCUUGCAUGGACUUGAGAGCCUUUGUGAUAAGCUGAGACUAUUUGUGACUGGCCAGGCAACAUGUACACUUCAUGUAACAAAACUCUACACCUACAUUCAACCCAACUGCAUUGUAGAGGAGACAGACUGGUAUGCUAAGUACAUAUUGCCCAAUAUAAGUUUACUGACUGAAGAAAAGAGAAUGUUUUUUCUAGAUAAUCUCAGAUCAAAACUACCAAACACCAGCAGAGAAAUGGAGUGGAGCGAAGGUCAGCAGAGAGUUGUGUCAGCUCUGAAAAAAUGUCCAUUUAUUGAGCUCAAUGGAACACUGAGAACAGCAGAUAAUAUAUAUGACCCUUCAAACCCAGUGUUUGCUGUAAUGGGAGAAUCCAACUUACCAGAGGCAUGGAGGGAGAAGAAGUGGCAGCACCUGUUGAAGCUGGCAGGAAUGGUUUGCAAAGUGACUCCUGAGAAGUUCAUACAGUUUGCAUCCUUGUCCCCCGGGGAUGAACAUGUGAGGCAGAAGUCUAAGGUUCUGUGUGAGUACCUUGGUGAUCACCUUGCAGACUUUCAUUUGGUGAUGUCUCAGAUCCUUGAUAAAGAGUUUCUGGUACCUGAAAAAUGUAUUGAGUUAGCAACACUUUUGGCACAUCACCAGACAAGGUCAGGCUUGCUAGCAUUUUCAGAGGGCGUUGACCCUGGCCGUGAGUUAGCACAUGUCAUCUGGUCCACCAGGAGCUUACUCCCUGUGUAUGCCAUUAGUGUUGCAAUAAAGCUUCAGGCACAGUACAGCAUCAAGGUGAAGAUGCACACACCUCCUGUGGAAGACAUUCUUAAACACAUUGAAAAGCUUUGCUCCUCCCUGCAGAAGGAACCAGAGAAAGAACCUGACCUAGUCAAACAGGUGAUGGAGAGCAUAUACGAGUAUUUGUCAAAGAAUGAAGAUGGUGCAUUUGGGACCCUCAAAGAUCGAGACAUUCCUGUGGUCCACAUUCCUGAGCACAGAGUCUUUGUUCCCGCCAGCUGGGUGGUGGAAAGCCUUGAGGAGGAGAUUCUCCCGCACCUGUAUAAGGCACCAACCUUCUAUGGGAAGUUCUUUGGUACACUGAAGAGGCUCGGGAUGCAGACGGAAGCAUCCAGUGACUUGUACGCCAAAGUUUUGAGUAAGAUCCACCAGGACAGCGGCCAGGAGCCCCUUCACCCAGAAGAGGUUAAGCAGAUGAAGAUGGCCAUGAUGGGACUAGUGAAGCGUCCCCCACAGCUGAAAGAUUUGUCCACCUCGGAGCUUUAUUUGCCAGCUCGAGAUGGGACACUCAGGAGCUCAGUGGAGAUCUUUGUGGCAGAUAACAUGGAUAUGUUUUCUGAUAUCCAAGAGACUUUCAAGGAGCCUGUCUUUGUUGGGUUUGAAGCCCUUCAGAUAUCGUUUAAGGAAAUUUCUCUUGUGAAGCUCCUGCCUCAGAGACUAAAACCAAAGUUCCUUUCAGAAGUUCUCCAGGAAUGCCUGGCACAUGAAGACUUGGAGGAUGUGGUUACAAACUUCCUCAUUGAAGUUAAAGAGCUGCUCCAGGCAGAGGAAUUAAAAACUGGAGUUUUGAGAGUCAUUGACCACCACCGGCUGGGCCAAGGCAGUGGACUCAGCCAGGAUGAAAAGCAGGAAAUUGUGGCUCUGUUGGGAAGGGUGAGGGUGCGGCAGGUCCGCAAGAUCACCACCACUGUUAUGCUGCACGGUCAUGGUGUUGGGCAGCGUGUUAAACAGUUCUUUUUCCAGAUGGAGGGUCAGGGGGACCAACAGACUUUGACUGUAUACCUCUGUGAGAAAUUUCCCCCAAGAAUGUUAAGUGGUUGUCUUCACAAGGCAUACAGUUUGUUGUUGCACAAAUGGAGUAUUGAAAGGAUGAUGGAAUUGGGAAAUGUUUUUGGCUGUGUUGGGAAGCCUCACUUCAUCCACAGCACUCUGGAUCAAUCAGACAUAAAAGCCUACAGUGCUCAUUCCCCCGCCCGCUGCCUCUAUAUGUGUGACGUGGGCAACUACUUGGAAGAAAGGUUCCUGCCUUUGCUGGACAACGGGUUUUGCAGUUUUUCCAAAGGGGAGAUUGUCUGCAUGAAAAAGUAUCUGUGCCCUUGUGAGGGAGAGAGGAGGACAGAAGAGGAUGAAGAUGACAUCUUUGUGAUUGUGCAGGUGGUGAGGCUGGUAGAGAGGCAUGCCUCCUGCCAGAUGUUGGACACAUACGAGGUGAACACCAGCCAGGACCAGCCCUGCGUGGUGACUGUCAGAGCCUCUCUACUCUACCGGUUUGUGAGGAGAGAAGUCAGAGACGUGGUGUUGCUCCAGGCAUCUGCAGCAGAGGAGGAAAAUUUAAAUGAAAGAGAUAUUUUCAGGAAGAUACGAAAGCAGGUCAAGGAGAUCUGGGGAGUGGAGGAUGAGCACCAGAGACGUCACCUAAUCCGCCGCCUGUUGCUCAAGUGGCACCCAGACAAAAACCCUGGCCGGGAGGACCUGUGCACCCGCCUAUUUCAGUACAUUCAGUCCCUGCUGGGGCGACUAGAGCGCGGAGAACACAUACCCGAUGAGGAGGAUGAAGCCCAGGCCCCACGCACCCACCCGAGUAAGGCAUACUCCAGUUUCUCCUGCUCUCCUAAAUGGCGUCACCACAACUUCAGCAGUGGCAGGGGGUGGAGCAGUGACGGGGGGUGGAGCAGUGACGGGUGGUGGAUGCCCGGUGACAGCAGCCAGGAGAGGGUGCCAAAGUCUGACUUGCCUGAAGCCCGACGGUGGCGCAGGCAAGCCCACUGCGAUCUUAAGGCUGCUGAAGGGAUGAUGCGCCUGGAUGAAGAAGAGUGGGCAUCCUGGGUGGUGUUCAUGUGCUACCAGGCUGCUGAAAAGAUGCUGCUGGCCACGCUGUACUCAAAAGACAUGGAAGAGGCUUGUAGGCAAAAGGGUCACGGGCCACUCUCUCGCACCCUGACCACUCUUGCACUACUCCUGAAGGACUCACACAUCAACCGGUUGGCCGACCGCAUCCAAAAUGUUGCGUGUGGUUUCCUUGGGCCGCUGUACCCAACAUUUGCCCGCUGUCCUCGUGACGGCUACACCUCCGCCAAUGCCCGCCGGAUGUGUGGAGAUACAAAGGAGCUAUUGGACAUUUUGGAGCGACGAAUUGAGUGAGACAUCUGGCACUUAAGUUGGUUUGGUCUCUCUCUCUCUCUCUCUCUCUCUCUCUCUCUCUCUCUCUCUCUCUCUCUCUCUCUCUCUCUCUCUCUCUCUCUC